CUCUCUCUCUCUCUCUCUCUUUCUUGCAGGUUUUUUUUAUAAAAAAUAUUAUUAUUAGAAACAGUAACGGAUUGAUAUUUUAUGGAACACAUUUUUCAAAAGGAAUACGAAUUUGUGUGAAAGGAAUAACAUUUUUAUUCUGGAACCAAUGGGAAGGAACACACACAUGAUUUCAUAAGUCGUGCAGGAGGAGGAAGAUAACUCUUGAUUAAACAGAGACUUUUUUUAUCAGUUUAAAUUUAUUUUCCAAAGACAAAGCAAAGUCUUCUCUUUCAUACCUUUCGAUUUUUUUAUGAUCGUCUUUCACACCUUUAGAUAGCGUUGGGUUUUUUCUCUUUUCACUGCCCAAAGUGUGCACGGUUCUCUCUUCUUUUGUUUUCCUUAAUUUCUGCUCAUCUGGGUAUUAAUCUGAUUUUGAUGGGAUACUUCAGUCCAUCUCAUUUCUCAGAAUUAACCACGUAGGUCUUUGUUUUUCUUAUCCUAACGAAAAAGAUCGAAUUUUGAGCAAUAUUAUUCAUCUCUUGCAUCUGCCUUUUUAUUUUUCGAGAUACUCCUCAAUCUGGGUUGACAGGGUUUUUAGGAUUUAGGGACUGCUUUUUUUAGGCUUGAGUGAACAUGGAUGAGGUUGAAGAAGCUAACAAAGCAGCUGUUGAGAGCUGCCACGGAGUUCUCAGCCAUUUGUGUCCACCUAAGGGCCAGGUUCAUUGUAAAAAUUUACUGGCAGAAACUGAGGAGGCUGUGUUCAAGUUCAAGAGAGUUGUGUCUCUUCUGGGCGGUGGCUUAGGCCAUGGAAGAGUGAGAAAGUUGAAGAAGUUCAAGCCGCCACCUUUGCCUCAAAACAUCUUCCUAGAUGGCCCUAAUUACAGAUUAGAUAUUUCAACAAAACCCCUCCAAUUACUCCCACCUCCUUCUCUUGAAAACCGACGCGCAGAAAAGGAUUCGAAGUAUGGAAGUUCUCUGCAGCACACACACAGCCAGAAAGUGUUUCUUGGAAACCCAGUAGUGGAUUUGGAUAUGAAAAUCAAGCACCCUCUCCAAAUUCCCAAAACAAAACCAUUGCAACAGUAUCAUUUCCUCGAACAGAAGCAUGACCAUCAGCAAGAGAUACAAAGAUUGCAGCUUCAGCCCCAACAGUUGAAAUAUCAGGCUGAUACAAUGUACUCUGGGAGAAACCGUGGCAUCAACCUUGCAUUUGAUAGGUCUACUACCCGCACUCCCUCCAUGUCGUCAGCCAGAUCAUUUGUAUCAUGUUUGAGCAUGGAUGGUGGUGUGGCUAACACUCACUGCGAUUCGUUCCAACUAAUCCGCGGUGUGCCUCAGCCGCCUGAUCGGAUCUCACAACAACAAAGGAGGUGCAAUGGUGCCGGGGAAAAGGGAACUGUAAAAUGCGGCAGUAGUGGUAAAUGCCAGUAUCCAAAGAAGAGGAAAGUGAGGGUGAAAAGAUCGUUUAAGGUUCCUGCCAUUAGUAACAAGAUUGCAGACAUUCCAGCUGAUGAAUAUUCAUGGAGGAAAUACGGGCAGAAGCCAAUUAAGGGUUCCCCCUAUCCUAGGGGAUACUAUAAGUGCAGCAGCAUGAGAGGGUGUCCAGCGAGGAAACAUGUUGAGAGAAGUCUUGAAGACCCUGCGAUGCUCGUCGUCACCUACGAAGGUGAGCAUAAGCAUUCACCAUCUGACCAGUGAGAGUGAGUGCCGUCGUUGAUAUUAAUCCUGUGUACUGCUACUAGUAUAAACAUUCAGCUUCACACAGACGGAAGAAACAUAAGCCAACUAGUAUAUUUACAUGCGAAAUAUAAUCUGUGGAUCCCAGAUCUGCAUAUCGAUCAA